AUGAAAUUAACAUGUGAUGAGCUUAAUGGACCAGCCAGGACUGACAUAUUAUCGACAUCAAAAACCAAAACAUCUCUUGAUCGGAUUUUUGCCCUGAAAUGCUCAACAUGGCCUCUACAAGCAAGUGGUUGGUUUAAGAAAGAGGCACGGCAGUUUUGGCCACAAAAAAAAGUUCAAGACCUUCUACGUACUUUUGGUGGCUUUAUUACACCAGUCGGGCAUACAGAAAGCGAAUUCCGAGCUGUCGAAUGGCGAUUGUCGCUCUCCCAAGCAGAACGUUUACUCAUCUGGACUUUGAAUGAAACGCAGUUUAAAUGCAUUGUGCUGAUGAAGCUUCUUACAAAACAAUUUAUCAAAGCAAAAUUCCCAAACAGUAUCACAUCGUAUCAUUGCAAAAAUGUUGUAUUUUCAGUCAUUGAAACAACGGAGGAAAACAUGUGGCAGCCAGGGAAAAUUGUGAUGUGCGUUCACACGUGCUUGGUGAGAUUGCUUCAUUUCGUUGCACAGGGAAACAUUCCUCAAUAUUUUAUCCCGGAAAACAAUCUCCUUAGACAUAAAUUCAACGGAAGAAACCGUUUGCAAGUUGAAACAAUAUUACGACGAAUGAUUGAAAACUGUGAUUAUAAGUUUUUUCUGUGUUUAGAAAUCGACAGUAUAGGCAGCAUGCUGUAUUUUCGUCUAUCCAAAAAUCGGCUAAAACAAGGGAGUGAAUGGAAAAAGAUUAGAAACAUGCUCUGCUCGUUAGCAUUGCAACUUAUUGGACAGUACGUCCACUGGAGAUUAAAAAUGCUUAUUGAAAAGCUUGCUGAGUUCAACAGAACAAACCUAACUGAGACACUGGGCUUGGUAAUUAAAAAUAAUUUCAAGCUUAUGUCCCAGCUACAAAAUCUGUAA